GGCCUCAAAUAUCGACCGCAGCUGCUUGCAGUCCGCAGAUGUUCCACAAAAACAGCCGCCGCAGAGUGCACAAAAACAACAAAUUGAAUAUAAAUCGGUCAGAGAGAGUUGAAACAAAGUGCGAAUUGUGAAUUAAAAGCUGGAAACGCUCACCUGGAAACCGGGUCUGAAAGAUAUUAUUAAAUUUCGCACAAUUCGCACCGCGCGCAUCUUCUAUCGAAUUUUCCCCAGUAAAUUGUAUAAAGAUGGGAAGGAACCCGGCAGCGGUAAAAGGAGGAGGCGGAGGCGGAGAGUCCAGGGAUCGGCAGGAGAAACAGGCACCCCCUGCCGCCGCCGAUUACAUGCGAAACUUUGAAAACAUCAUAGCCCCGGGAAAGGAGGCCUCCAUGACCAGGGAGUUCAAUCCUCAGGUGGCUUACGAAUUCGAGCGUUACCUGAAUCCUCAAAAGCUAAAGCAACAUGUCCUCAAGAGUGAGAAGUUGCGCUCCAUUGUGGAGCAUUAUGCCAAAGAAUCCGGCCAGUCUGUAAAACAGCUCGAACAACAGGCAAAGGCCAUAAUCGAAGAGAUUGGCUUGGAGCGAAAUAUGGCCAUAAUCAGAUGGUGUGGAAUCGCUAUCACAGCGAUUGGAAAGCGAAUCUGCGAUGGAUUUUAUGUCAAUUCGGCGAGCAUGGCGAAUGUGCGCAAGGAUAUGGGCAAGUGUCCUGUCCUCUACCUCCCAAGUCACCGAAGCUACAUGGACUUUAUUCUCAUGUCGUAUAUAUGCUACUAUUACGACAUCGAAAUACCAGGAAUAGCUGCCGGAAUGGAUUUCCAUUCAAUGUUUGGCAUGGGCACUAUGCUGCGAAAGACUGGAGCCUUUUUUAUGCGGCGAAGCUUCUCCAACGACGAGCUCUACUGGGACAUCUUUAGGGAGUAUAUGUACGCCCUGGUGGCCAGCUAUCACAUCGGGGUGGAGUUCUUCAUCGAGGGAACCAGGUCGAGAAAUUUUAAAGCCCUAGUCCCAAAGAUUGGACUUCUUUCGAUGGCUCUGUUGCCUUAUUUUACUGGAGAAGUUCCUGAUGUCAUGGUUGUGCCAGUGAGUGUGGCCUACGAACGAGUCCUGGAGGAGCAACUAUUUGUCUAUGAGCUGCUGGGAGUGCCUAAACCAAAAGAGUCAACCAAGGGAUUCUUCAAGGCUCUUAAGAUAAUAGACGAGCGCUUCGGCAAGAUGUUCCUGGACUUUGGAGAGCCCAUUUCGGUGCGGGAGUUCUUCGGGCACGACAGUGGCCAUAGGAUGCAGCGAGCCGGAGUGGCUGGACACCUGCAAAAGCUCAACCGCCAAGAGGUCGAGUUGGUCAAGCAGCUGGCCAACGAGAUUAUCUACCAACAGCAGCGCCGCAUUGUGAUCACCACCUUUAACCUCUUGAGUUUGUACUACGCUAGUCAAUUGUACGCCCAGAAGAGUGUUAACAUCGAUGAGCUAUCCCGGGGAGUGCUUCUUUUGAAACGCAUCUUCGAGCAGCUUGGAGCGCAUGUGAGCGCCGCACCCAAAAGCAUAAAGGCGGAUAUUAUUGACGCUGUGGAGAUUCACUCGAACAUUUUGCAUUUCGUCAGCGCCCGCUUACAAUUCACACCUAUGGCAGCCAAGCAGUUGGCCAACCAAUUCGACGGAAAGCGAUUGAAAGCUCAUGCUCUGUGCCCGCAAACAAUGGCAGUGGCAGUUCCAAUGCUGGCCCUGCAGCUCUACAUAAAUCCAUGUAUGUUCUGGUUAGCUCGACCGGCUUAUCUACUGCUGGCAGCGCUCAAGGAAAAGCAGAAUCAGAAAAAUCACUCACACACCUCGUACGAGUCAACUUUAUCCGCCCUCCAUGCUCAUGUUACCAAUAUGGAUGCACUUUUCCAGCAUGAGUUCAUCAUAGAGUCGAAUCGGGAGGCCGCAGAGUUUGAGACGCACUUGCAGCUAUUACUGGACGAGAAGGUGGUUGAAGUGGAGAAGGAUGGAAAGGUCAACGUGCAUGACAACGAGUGCUCACAUGUUAUUCUGGCAGCUUUGGCGCCAUUCUUGUGUCUCUACUACCAAUUGGUGGUAACAUUGAGAAAGAUUCCUGCAGAUCUGGAGUUUAGCGGGAAGGACCUUCUCAUUCGCGUCCAACAGCAUGUGGAGCAGUUGCUGCAGCUCCCCGAUGGAUCUGCCCUCCAUGUGCAUCCCUAUUGUCUAGCACUGGACAACCUCAAUAUUGCCAUAUAUGCUCUGAUUCAAAGGGGCUUCAUUCUCAAGUGCAAGGAUUCUGGGCAGAUGAAAGUCGGCGCAGGGCCAGGAAAGUGUCUUUUAGAGCUGGAGCGGCAGCUGCUUGAGUACUGCCAGCUAAUGCCCUUUGCCCAAUAUUCGACGGCGGCUAACCAGCAGGCCCAGUUCCAUAUAGCCAAGUUAUAACUGGCAAAUGGUAAAGGGCCGAUGGCGGGGGAGGCGGCUAAGAAUACGGAAUUAAAUCCGGAAUCGGAGUCGAGUCCCCGGCAGUGUAGUACAAUUUUCAUUUCAUUGUGCAUGAAGAUCAUCCAGUUUGUUAUCGGCCUGCUCAAGAAUUGUCGUAUCAUCUGCAUUCUGUUUCUCAUUGUGGUUGUGGCUCCUCUCUGGCAGCUCCUCCGCUGGCUCAUAGCAUCCAAUCAUUCAUUCGCGUAGGUAUUAAGGGUGUGUAUGUUGGGGUGGGUUCGGUUUAAUAAUUGAAAAGGGAUCUGUAAGCUAAAAAAGAAGUAUUUUUUUUAUUUUUAAGUAGAUCACUAGAACAGAUCUUAUUUGGAUACAUUUUUGUUUCUUUUUCUCCAAAAAAAACUUAGUUUUCUUUAUUAGUUGUGGUUUCACAUUCCCCAUUAACAUUCCCCUAGUUUUUCAAAUAUUUUUAUUUAUCUAAAUAAAAAACUUCAAUUAUUUCCCUCCCUCCCUUUAUUUAAAAAAUGUAUCUAAGUAUGUAUCUAACAAUGUCUAUUUAGGAGAGAAUAAUGAUAUUUUUGUUUGGCAAACGUGAAAAUUAGGCGAUUUACGAGAAGCCAAAAACUCAUCUGCAAAUUAUCGAAUUUUAAUCAAACUUUUGUAGAAAAGAGACAGUUAUUGAUAGAUCCCAUCGAAUUAAGAAUUCUCUGUACGUUUUUAGAUGAGAAAAUUACUGAAAUGUGGCCCAACAAAAGUGAAAGUGUAUAUUUUUUAAUUCGUCUGUUGGAAACACAAACUUAGCUCAAAAUGAGCUUGAAGGCAUAUAAUAAAUUCGUCAUUUUAGAAAAGAAAUCUAAUUUUACAAGUCACACAUAAAGCCGUUUGAACAGUUUUAUAUUUUGUUAUUUUUGUAAUGUUUAAUGCGAACAAUUAAUUUUUGAAUAGUUUUGCACAAAUGUAUAUUUAAGAUGGUAUUAGUUGUUACCUAUUUUAAUUCGGUUAGGCUAAUCAGCUCAUUCCCUGUUUUAAUCAUUCUAUUGUGCCAAUAAAGAAGUCAGCACCAAACAAAUAAAUUAUAACGCAAGCCAGAAGACUUGCCAAUAACUAAAUAUAGUAAUGGUUGGACGACGACCUGAUCCCAAAAAGAUAGGGUCCGAAACCGCACAAAUAAGUCAGAAGUGCAAUACAAAUGUUCUGUUUAUUGAUAUUUUUAGAAACUUUAUCGUUUUAUUUUUGUGGUAGUAAAUUUUUAUACUUAUAUAGAAAUAAAGAUGUGAAAAUAACACCAAUCCUAAUUACACUCGAUAGCAACUAAACCAACAAAACUAAGAGCAAUAACAAUAAAGAAUUUAGUCGGUGCCAGUUGCGCCACAGAAACUAUA